AUGGAAAAUGUGAUAGAGCGAGAUGAUCCAUCAGUGGAUGUUGUAACACUAGAAACUCCAAAUUUUGCAUCAAUGAUUGGUACAAAUUCUACUACUUUACCACGUAUGUUUAAUGUAAAAGCAAAGUUACAUUCGCUUGUUAUAACCGAUUUUCCGUCAACUGCAGAGCUCGUACAAAAGUGUUUAGCUGUCAACCCAUUUGAAUUGAAGUUUCGUGAGGCAAAUCGGCGUAUUAGUCAAUGUAGCGAAGAGCUUUUUGAGCAGAGUGGACUUGUCCCAGUCACAUUGUCAUUACCUACAACAGGAGGUAUAACGUUGUUGAAAUUACCAUCGUCUUUGGCCCAUUCGCCUGGAAUUUUCUCAAACAUCAAUGUUCUUUCAGCUGAUUUUGAAGGUGAUGGAUUAAAAAGUGCUGAUUUAUCCCGUUUGGUGCAACAGAUGAAAGAAAAUGGUGGUUUAUCUAUGCAGUGUUCUCGAACUAGCGAUGAUACUGGACAAGCACCUCGAACUGCAGACGUUCUUAAUGCAGUACUUGACAUGCAUUCUGAUAGACUGGGAACACUUGGUUUUCUUGGUAUGACUGGCACUGCCACGCCACCUUUGCAGGAGGGGGUAUUAGGAUCACUUUUACCAACCUCUGCUUCACUUCCUCCGGUCCUUCCUUCUGAUUCAUCUCUAGCAGCGCCAUCUACAUCAAUAACUGCAAAUGGUGGUGUUUCUGACUGUGCAUCAAAUCUGUUGUCUUGUUCACCGUGUUCUUCGGAAUCUGCUUCAGCUUCUUUAACACCACUUAUUCCUGCAAUGAAUAGUCCAGUUAUCAGUGCAACAACAAAUAUUUCCAGGCCCGGUAGUUCAGCUUCUGCUCAUCAAACACCAAAGAAGAGACUAUCAGUGCGAGCGACAACAGUACCUUCACCAGCAAAUGUCGCACCUGUGGCUGCAGUUCCGUUCUUAAAUGCCAUGGGAACACUUCUGACAACAUCUAACGCUGAAGAACAAACUAAUGUAACGCAUCUUCCGAGGCCAAAUGUUCUACAAAUGUCAUCAUCCGAUCAGUGGGAUCCACGUGAUGUCAAACCUAUCAUUGUCAACAAAAAUCCAUCUUCAAUGCAGUUGAACCAACAAUAUUUUGAUCAUGAAGAAGUCAUUUACACACAGGAUGAUGAUCGCAAGUCGGUGGAAGCACUUAUAACGGCAACAAGAAGCUAUAGCAGGGAAAAUGCGCUGUCUCGUUCAACGACUUUACCAGCACAUCGCGGUGGGAGAGGACGCGGUCGAAAUUCUUUAACUGCUGAUUUACCACCAGACGAGCGUCGUGUAACCAUUUUGGAAAGGAAUAAAGCUGCUGCAGUGCGAUAUCGGAAGCGUAAAAAGGAAGAACAUGAUGAGAUGAUUACUCGUGUUCAUUUGCUCGAGCAGGAAAAAGUGGCUCUCUCUACUCAGAAUCAAGUAUUGCGUCGUGAAUUGGAAAGGGUUACAGCACUGUUGAAGGCCCGUGAGGCGUGCUGUGUGUGCCACCUAAGUGGUGUUGGCGAAUCCUUACGAAACGAAUCACCUCUAGAAGUAGAUGCUUUGUCUCCUCAAACUCAACCGCAUCAUGAUCUCUCAAAUUAUAUAUCACAGCAGUUAGUUUCAGCGGUCAAUCCGAACAAGAAGCUAUCAAAAUGA